AUGACCGAUUGGAUGUCUGAACUACCAGCUGCUGCCCGAGAUAAACCAAUCAUGACACUUGCUAUUCCAGGAUCUCAUCUAAGCGGUACUUGUAAUCUGAAAGAAGAUAGCGAAAUAACACCUGAUCAAACCUGGUGUGUUCGAGUUCUUGAUUCCAACGAUAUGAUCCGAAAAGCGGUCUAUAAUUGGUCAAAAGUUCAAACAAUAUCAAUUAAGCAACAACUAGAAGCAGGUAUUCGAUUUUUGGAUGUUCAGGUAGCUUAUAUAAACGAGGAUAUUUAUGUUGUGCAUGGACUUCGAUCUAUGGAAAUCAGAGAACUAUUCAAACGAGUGGAUGAUUUCUUAUCAGUUCAUCCAAAGGAGAUAGUGCUAAUUGAUAUCAAUCAUUUCUAUGAAUUUCGUGAGCAACAUCAUGACAAACUUCUUGAUAUGAUCAGUAAUUUAUUCGGUGAUCGUUUAAUUAGUCGACCGACAACAACACGAACAGCGAUGAGCUAUACAUUGAACAAAAUUUGGAACGGCACUGGAAGAGUGAUAAUCUUCUAUCAGCCACCGUUACCUUCGUUGAGAGCAAGUGAUAUCAAUGGACAUGCUGGACCAUCAGAUAUCAUUAAAUUACCUAAUCAUGUAUGGAGUCGGCAGUUCAUUAGAAGUCCAUGGCCAAAAACUGAUGAUGCCAAGCGUAUGGUUGAUGACGUGGGAAAUAUUCUACAGACUCGGGUACUUGAGGACGGUUUUCAGGUAUGUCAAGCAAUAGUAACGCUAACAGUAAAUUCGAUCAUUCGUCAACCAACUGGAACAUUUGAAGCACGGUUCGGACGACGCGCAACUAGAGCAUUGGUCGAUUGGCUGCGACAGAAUGGACAUAGUUAUCGAUCUAAUAUUAAUGUGAUUCUGGCAGAUUUUGUGGAUGAGGACGAUUUUUGCAACACUGUGAUUGAUCUAAACAAGUAA